GACACGCCCAUAUCCUCCGGCGAGGCGGAUCAAGCCGGGGAGACCGCUACGGAGGAAGAGAAGAAGGUAUGCUAGACAGGUGCUAGGAAGCUAGGACAUGUUGGCGGUUCUGAUUCUCACAAAGGACAAGCACGAAUGCCUCGAGCAGAUGUCGGGGGCCCUGCCGCUGCCGAGUGAGGAGCCGCUAUUCCUCAAGCGGCCCGCCUGGCUCCAAAGCCUCAAAGUGAAGCUCGAGGACGGGCAGAUCAACGCGUUUGAGGAGACACGGCCGGGCGCCCGAACGUGGCUACGGUACCAGGUGCUCAAGGCAUACGAGAAGCUAUGCGGCAGCCACCAGAUGGCGCGGGACGCGUGGGCCGAAUUCCGCUACGAACUCGAUCAAAAGCCGGGGCCCCCGCUCUCGGGUCUGGUGCUGAUGCGUCGGAAGGUCGAGACGCGCAUCAUCCUCGCCGAGCGCCGCAUGGCCGGGCUCAAGGCCCCAGACCCCCACGCGGGCCGCGAGGGGAGCGCAGCGCGAAGGCAGCAGAGUGGUGAGGAGAGAGAAGUCGACGGGCGGCCGUGCGAGGCGGGCAAGAAAACCUCCGGCGAGCUCUAAGCCUAGGGUGAAGGAUGGAACGGCGGUUGGAUGAGGGAGGGAUGUCGGUGUUGCUACUUAUGCUUGGGUAGAGAGGCUUGUCUGCCUAUCCGCACCGCGCGAGUCACUGUCCCCAGAGGAUAUGGCGUGACGAAAUUUGCUUGCACAAGACGGCGGAUGUGUGGAGA